CGAUCUGCAGGACGCGCGUCUCACGGGAGACUUGCCCGCCGCCGUCUUCGACCUCACCACUCUGCGCUUGCUCAACAUGGCGCUGAAUCCGAAGCUCACAGGCAGCUUGCCUGACGCUCUUGGCAACCUCGCCCACCUCACGCUGCUCGACGUGCACGGGUGCAACCUCACGGGGUCCAUCCCAGCCACAGUGGGGCGGCUGGCGAGCCUCAAGUACUUUCUGGUCAACCAGAACGGCCUCUCGGGCUCCAUUCCAAGCACAGUGAGCGCGCUGCAGCAGCUGUACAUGUGGGACAUCAUGGACAACCGCAUUGACGGGGCCGUGCCCUCCUUUGUGGGCGCCAACCAGCUCGGGCACCUCCACAUGAGUCGCAACCUGCUCACCUCCGUGCCGGCUCACAUCAGCAGGCUGCCAAAAUUAGAGCACCUCUACUGGAGUAACAACGUGCUGCCCAGCCUGCCCACCACGUGGUUCCUCCCACACCUCAAGGACUUCCUCGCCAGCAACUGUUCGCUACCACCCCAGCCGCUGCCAUCCUUCCCGCUCUCUGCCGGCCUCGCCAACCUCGACCUGAGCAGCAACAACUUCACAGGCGCCAUUCCCCCAACGCUCUUCCAGCACAGCCCCAACCUCAUCAACCUCAACCUGGCCAACAACAUGCUCAUUGACCAACUGCCUCUCCUGAUCACCAUUUCCACCCGACUGCAGUCCCUGUUCCUGGCGGGCAACAACCUGACGGGCGCCAUUCCGGACAUGUCAGGUUUGACGAGCCUGGUGGCGCUCUCCCUUUACGACAACGACUUCACUGCUGUGCCGCCCCGCCUGCUCAACCAAACCAACGUCACUCUGCAGCUGUACGGCAAUGACCUCUGCAAGCCCUUCCGCAUGGAGAUCGCGCAGCAGUGCUCCCCGCCGCGCCCGCUCACGCAGUUCACGGCGCAAGCCAUCUGCCCCCAACUCGUGUGCGCCAGCGACCUCUACCGCCCCAGCCAGCCGCUCUUCCAGGCCGGCAGCGAGUGCGUGUGCGUGUCACCGCUGCGCGCCGAGCUGGGGCUGUACCUCACGGACCUCGUCGUCUUCACGGCCGACCUCGUCGCGAGCCUGGAGGAGAAGCUGUACGCGCAGCUCACCAGCCGCGCGCACAUCAACAUCACGCGUGACCAGGUGCAAGUGACGGGCAUCAGCAGCCGUGCAUCGCUGGCCUCACUGGCGUCAACAUUCGCGUCGGACCACACCACACACGAGUCCACGCUCAUCAUCACCGCACUCUUCUUCCCGCCCGCCGGUGACGACUCCUGGCUCCCGCGUGACACGCCGCGCGCCAUCCGCGCCGCCCUCUCCACGCGCGAACCGUCGCUGCGUGUCAGCCUGGACGAGUUUGGGUCUUAUCGUGUUGAGGCCUUCUACGGCCCCGCUCCGUACACGCCCCCCGAGCAGCCGUCAUCGGGGCUGAGCACGGGUGCCAUCGUGGCCAUUGCUGUGUGCGGCGCCACCGUCGUCAUCACUCUCGUGCUCGUGCUGCUCUUCCGCCCCUGGGAGAAACGAGGGUGGAGCCAUGCGGACUACGAGGCGUUGGAGGGCAUCAGCCUGCAGCACGCGCGGCGCUACUCACUGCAGCAGCUGCACGACGCCACCAACGGCUUUGAUGAUCACCUGCUGCUCGGGCACGGCGGAUUCGGCCAGGUGUACAGAGGGGUGCUGAACGGUGAGGCAGUGGCGAUAAAGAAGGCGACGGAGCAGCAGAGGCACGGGGGGGCGGACUUCAAGAACGAGAUAGAGCUGCUCACAGCUGUGUCGCACGGCAACCUCGUGCGCCUCACAGGCUUCUGCGUGGAGAGGGACGAGCAGCUGCUCGUGUUUGAAUACAUGGAGGGCGGCGCGCUGGAUGCCUGGAUCAAAGGCAAGAUGGGUCGCAUGCUGACGUGGCGGGAGCGGAUGCGCAUUGCGCUGAACGCGGCGAGUGCGCUGCACUACCUGCACCGCGAGAUGCGGCCGGCCAUCGUGCACCACGACAUCAAGCCGGCGAACAUCCUACUGACGGCAGCACUGGAGGCGAAGGUGGCGGACUUUGGCAUCUCCAAGUCCAUGCCGGAGCGGGGCGAGCUCGUGCCUGGCGAGAUCAUGGGCAGCAAGGGCUACAUCGACCCAUACUUCGUGCAUUCAGGCGUGCUGACGGAGAGCAGUGACGUGUUCAGCUUCGGGGUGGUGCUGCUGCAGCUGGCCACGGGGCAGCCAGCGCUCAUCCAGCACGUGCCGCUCAGCCAGGUCGUGCUGCACCUCGCCUUCGGCCCGCAAGGCCUCGCCUCCGUUGUCGACCCGCGCCUCCACAGCGCCCUGCUCGCCACUGCCACCGCUGCUGAUGGCGCCGAUGCUUCUGUGGUCGCCGCUGGUGCGGGUGUGGUUGGUGGCGGUGCGGGGGAGUGGGAGGAAGGGGGAGUGAGCGCAGGGGAGAUGGUAGCCGGGCUGGAGGAGACGUUCAGCACGUUCCUGCGAGUCGCGCUGUGGUGCACCGCGGAGCACCCCACGCUGCGCCCCGAUAUGGAGCAGGUGGUGUCGGCGCUGCGCAGCAUCCGAGACCAGCUGGGUGGAGCAGGCGGCAGCAGCAGGAGCCCGCGUGGGACUCCCAGUGGGUUCACCACGCCGUCGUCGUUCCACGGGUCGCUGCCUCCCCUUGAUCCCAGUGCGUUCAGCAGCCCCAGUGACACAGAGCAGCAGAGCAUGAGUGGCACACAGGAGUACACGUGGAGCAGCUAUAGCGCCACACACCGGGUUCCUGCUCAUCCCGCCUAUCCCCCUGCCACCGCUGCUGCUGGUGGUGGUGCUGCUGGUGAAGCAACGCCAGGGGCCCACAGGCAGCAAGCGGCGCAGCAGCAGCAGCAGCAGCAGCAGCAGGGUGCGGCACGAGGGGCGGGUGGGCUGGCUCCCCUGUGGGGCCCUGGGCUUGUUGCUGGGGUGCACCCCCCUGCAUCCAGUGCCGCCCAGGGGGGUGCAGCAGCAACGUGGAGGGGGUACGCUGGGGGCGUACCUGGUGCAGCUGGUGGAUCCACAGACGAGGAACAAGGGCACACUGACACGAUGAUAGGGCCGCGUGCUCGGUAG